AUGUCCAUCGUUUACUUCAACGAGAUCCUCAAAGUCAUCGAAAAAUCAGCGCCUCUCAAAAGAACCAUUGCCGGUGUAGCCACGCAAGCAGGAUGUGCAGCCGCUGGAACUGCUGCAGGAGGACUUACUAUGGGACCACUUGGAGCCUUGAUCGGAGGUAUUAUGGGAGCAGUCUAUGGCUAUAAUUGCAGUAGCGACUAUGAUAGUCUCCUAUUUGCUCUCCGCGCAAUGUCUGAAAGAGAGAAACAACAAGUUACCGAACAGGUCCAACGUCUAGUUGGAUCGGCUUCUGUAGAGGAGCUAUUGCGUUACAUAACAACUGAAGCUCACAGAGAGAUCCUACUCGGUGUUUUGUCAAAUUUUGUGGCCCGCCAAAGAGCGAGUUCAUUGGAUUAA